CGUGUGGGCAGGGGGCAGACAUUUUGGUAGACGGUACCGUCUGUACACCUGUGCAGUUUAAUACCUUCAGCAGUGCCCCGGUACCGGACUAUGUCGUCCCAAAUCUCUGCACGUGUCCGACUGUACCAUAAAAUAUAUGAAAACCUGGUUGAUAGUGACGUGAAGAGCCUCCGAGCCAUGCUGGCUACUGACAACAAGCUAGGGCGAGCUAGACUCGAGAAGGCCAACCCUCAGGAAAUCUGUAUCAUGUUGGAGGAGGCUGGUGUGAUUGGCAAGGGGAACCUGGGUCUUCUGAUCGAGCUGCUGUCAGCUCUUGGGCAGAGAAGGUUGGCUGAGGAAGCAAGGAAAGUCGAGGAAGAAGAACAGAAAGCUCUUCAAAGUGAAAAUGAAAGAAAGAAGGAUAACGACGUGGUCGACAGUUUGGAAAGACUGGCGGUCAGAAGUAGUGAAGCAGACAACACCAGCAGCCGUGUGACAGAACAGCAACUCAACAAAUUGGCGGGAAACUUAGGUUCAGAGUGGGAGAACCUAACCAUACACCUGGGCAUGAAGAAAGCAGACGUGGAUAGGUUCAAGGCAGAAAACCCCUUCAACAUGCGCUCUCAGAUUUUCUCCAUGUUCGUGGACUGGAAAGCUAAGACCGCGAAAGACGCCACGGUGGAAAAGCUCGUUAGCGAGCUACGCAGUUUUGGUAUUGACCAGGAUAAAUUUGAAUUUCUGCUAAAUGAGACAUAAGAUGAAGUUUUUAUACUUAGUAAAAUU